CGCUCCCGCACCUGUAGCCCCCCCGACCAGAACCGGGCCUCGAGCCAAUCAGGAUGAGCGCCUCUAUCUGGAUGCUCUACGUCAUCAUCCGUCGGUCCAAUCCGGCGGCAGGACCCCCCCUCCCUCCCCCUCCCUGAAAGUUUGGACCCGCAGCCCGGACUCGUCUUCAGGACCCGCGCGGGCUGCAGGACGGAUCGGAGCGGAGCGCGGCCGGACCGGAGCCGGAUCUGGACCCGGUCUGUCAGCGGAACCUUCGGGGAUGUUCGGGCCGGAGCGCGAGCCGCGGUAGUGUCAGCGCAGACCCCCCCGUGAUGCUAGCCGCGGGUCCGAUGGACGGGUCCCGACAGAGCGCCUUCCUCCUCAGCAGCCCCCCCCUGGCCGCUCUGCACAGCAUGGCGGAGAUGAAGACCCCCCUGUACCCCGCGUACCCGCUGUCCUCCCCCGGGCCCGCCUCCUCCACGUCCCCGGCCACCACGUCCCCGAACCCCGGCGGCAUGGCGGCGUCCUCCCCCAGCACCAAGAGCUCCUCGUCGCUGGGCUCCCCCCAGCAGAGCUCCUCCGCCACCCCCCACGGCAUCAACGACAUCCUCAACCGGCCGUCCGCCGCCGGCCCCCCCGCGGCGGGACUCCUGCCGGGCCUGCCCCGCUUCAGCAGCCUCAGCCCGCCGCCCCCCCCCGGACUGUACUUCAGCCCCGGCGCGGCGGCGGUGGCGGUGGCCCGGUACCCGAAGCCGCUGGCGGAGCUGCCGGGCCGGACGCCGAUCUUCUGGCCCGGCGUCAUGCAGAGCCCGCACUGGCGGGACGCCCGCUUCGCCUGCUCCCCCCAUCAGAACUCGGUUCUGCUGGAUAAGGACGGGAAGCGGAAGCACACGCGGCCCACCUUCUCCGGACAGCAGAUCUUCGCGCUGGAGAAGACGUUCGAGCAGACCAAGUACCUGGCGGGGCCCGAGCGCGCGCGCCUGGCGUACUCGCUGGGGAUGACGGAGAGCCAGGUGAAGGUCUGGUUCCAGAACCGGCGGACCAAGUGGCGGAAGAAGCACGCGGCGGAGAUGGCCUCCGCCAAGAAGAAGCAGGACUCGGAGACGGAGCGGCUGAAGGGCGCGUCCGAGCACGAGCACGAGCACGACGACGAGGACGAGGACUACAACAAGCCUCUGGACCCGAACUCGGACGACGAGAAGAUCACGCAGCUGCUGCGGAAGCACAAAGCGGGGCCCGCGGGGCCCGCGCUGCACGCGCUCACGUCGGAGACGGACAGCUCGUGAGACGCGGGAGUUCUCACGCUUGUUUUUGCACGGACUCCACGGUCCGAACCCGGACCGGUUCCGACACUGAAGCCGCCACCUUUCUGUAGAUACGAACUCUGCGGUCCCUGAACGCAGCACGCCUCGGUCCUCGCGCGCGCGGGGGCACGCGCCGCUUCAUGUAAAGCACUUUUAUUUAAUAAAAGCCCGAAAGUUGAA